UAAUUUUCAGCGAAAUGUCGAGUCCUUUGAGAGGUACCGUAAUUUGAAAAAGGACCUCCUAGCGACAUCAGUCGAAUUAUGGUUAUUUGUGACCCUUGAGCUCAUUUUAGUGUUUAAAUUGACUUAUAAGCCAGUGAAAACUAGACCUCCUAUUCCUCUUCUUCGCUUGUCUCCGACAAUUGAUCGCUUAGUCUCGUUUGAUAUUUAAUCAUCUGCGAUUACGUAUUCUCGGAACUACAUGAGAAAGUUGAUGCUCAGUGAAAAAAAUUAAUAAACCAACAAAUUUGAGAAAAUUCGUUGCUAUCGAUCGUAAGUUCAAAGGUCACAAAAUUAAAAUCCGUUUCCAACGGUUUUCUUGCGUUUGUUUUGAUUUCGUGGGUUGAUCGACGUCUGGAAGUUUUUCAUAUUCAACUUUGUGUUUAGCUGUCAGGCGUCGAGCCAGAUUGAAUAUUGGUAAAGAAACAAAAUGGCAAGCAGUUACAAAAAGAACAUUGGUGGACAGAAGCGUAAAGGUGGUGCAAGAGCUGAACUCACAGAAGAACAAAAACAAGAAAUAAGAGAAGCAUUUGAUCUUUUUGAUGCUGAUGGUUCAGGAAAUAUCGAUGUCAAAGAAUUAAAAGUAGCAAUGAGAGCUCUUGGGUUCGAACCAAAGAAAGAAGAAAUUAAAAAGAUGAUUUCAGAGGUAGACAAAGAUGGUACAGGAAUGAUUGAUUUCAAUGAGUUUUUGCAAAUGAUGACACAGAAAAUGAGUGAAAAAGAUUCGAAAGAGGAAAUUUUAAAGGCUUUCCGUUUGUUUGAUGAUGAUGAAACUGGUAAAAUUUCAUUUAAAAACUUGAAACGGGUUGCAAAGGAACUUGGUGAAAAUUUGACCGACGAGGAAUUACAGGAAAUGAUUGAUGAGGCAGACAGAGAUGGUGAUGGUGAAAUAAAUGAAGCAGAAUUUCUUCGAAUAAUGAAGAAGACAAGUUUAUAUUGAUGUAAUAUAAUUUUUAACUUCUCAAUAUCCAUAAAAUCUGCUGCCUAUCAUUACAGGUCGAUUGUAGAUGAUAGGCCAGUGACACGGUCUUGUUCAUUUUCAUCAUUACCUGUACCUGUGAAAUUCAAGACAUCAUUUUUUGUUGAAUAGUUCCAUAAAUUAGUUAAAUACUAUGGCAUAUCAGUAAGGUGCUAUAUUUAGGUUCCAAAUUUCAUUCCUAUUACCUCUGAAUAUUGUAUUCUCGAAAUUAUCACAACUGAAGAGUCCCUAUUAAAGUAUGAUAAAUGGCCUAUCUGAUUUUCUGGAAUAAAUUUGUUUAAAUACCCUAAAUUUUAAGACCAUAUUUAACUGCAACAAAAUGCCCUAUCACAAAAUGGCUGCUUUAUUAAUCUCUUUUUUAGUGAAGUUGUGGGUGGUUUACAUUAGUUUCACCAUGCUGUUUGUCAUUUCUUCCUCUGGAAGAGACUUCACUCCUGUAAUAUUUUUGUUUGUGGACCAAUUGUUAUUUUUUUACUUUGCAUCAUUCUUCUUCCUGUUUGUGAUUUUAUGAGUGUGUUUGAUACAACAUAUAUUGUUUGUAAAAAUGGUUUUGUUAGAAUAUUUCGCACAUCUGCUGUUUUCUUUAUUGGGUGACUGUCAGCUCAAGCAUGUAUUUAAAGUUGAAGCAAGGA